AUGGCGGUAUUUAAUCUGAACCAGGUUGAUAUCUUCAUCUCACUCGUUUUGAUGACGUCAUGCUGCACGACAUCCCAUGACAUGGAUCUGAAUUCUACCUCAGAUAUCGACACGAUGACGACGUCACUCUCGUACUUCAAUGAAACCGUGGUUGAAAUCGACGUCGAGAUAGAAGCUACAGCAGCCUUCACCUGGUACCCACUGAAUUGGACUUGGUGGUUGAUUAUACAAACUGUCCUUGCCAUUCUUGGGAUCCUAGGGAACGGCAUUGUGGUGGUUAUCGUCUACCAACGAUACAAUUCGAUGCGAUCUACCGACAUCAUGAUCGGUGCCCUCGCCAUCAGCGACCUCCUGACAUCCGUCUUCGUGUUCCCGAUUCCCUGGGCGAAGACUAUCCCAAACACGAUCCUUGGGCACCUUUAUUGUAAGCUUGUGUACCCUUCGUAUUUCCUCUGGUUCUGUAUCACCGCAGCCACUUACAUCCUGUUAGGAAUCUGCAUCGAGCGUUACGUGGCCAUCGUCUAUCCUCUCUUCUUCAACCGAGUCAGCAGUAAACGGAGGACCACCAUCUUUGUCCUGGGUCUGUGGCUCUUAAGCUUCCUCGAGGUCAUGUACACAUUCUUCAUCUAUAUCUACGACGAAAACAUCGGAUACUGCGUCUCAACCAUCAAGACCGACAUAGGUCGCGUUAUCUUAGCGUACUUCGCCAUCACGAUCCGACUGUUCUUACCCGUGGCGAUCAUGCUGAUCACACAGAUCCUAAUAGCUCGGUCGCUUCACAUCCAGGGCAAACGCUUCCAGGAAAUGGUCAACAACGGAAAGGGUGAGCCAUCGAAGCAGACCUACCACAUCGUCGCUCGAAACCGUAUCGUCAAGAUGAUGUUGAUAGUUGUGCUGGUGUACGUGGUGACUUGGUGCCCCAACCAAAUCGUCUACCUCUGCUUCAACCUGGGUUACAUCACCCCGACCUACAGAGGAAGUGCCCUGCAUCGGAUUCUGACCAUGAUAGGGUUCCUGAACUCCUGCAUCAAUCCUUUCAUUUAUGCUGCAAGAAACCCUGCCUUCAGGUCGGCCGUACUGAAACUCUUCCUGUGCUCGAAACCACAGGACAAAGCCGUCUUUAGUGCAAUAGGAAGCGACACGAGGGAAACCAGAGCCAAUCCCUCUACGUCAGUACCAGACGCAUAA